GUUUGCGCCUCCUGUCUUGAGAGUGAGGUGAAGAAGAGUUUACUUUCAGAGAGUUCAAGGUUUGGUUUCGGUGUUCGUGUGGAGUAAAGGGUUUUGUCGAGGCAGAAAGCCCAUUUUCACGGAGCCAAGAUGUUGAACAUGUGGAAGGUUAGGGAGUUGGUUGACAAAGCAACCAACGUGGUGAUGAACUACUCAGAGGUGGAGUCUAAAGUCAGAGAGGCUACCAAUGAUGAUCCCUGGGGACCUUCAGGACAGCUGAUGAGUGAAAUCUCAAGAGCCACCUUCAUGUAUGAGCAGUUUCCAGAGGUGAUGAACAUGCUGUGGACCCGCAUGCUAAGGGAUAACAAGAAGAACUGGCGGAGAGUCUACAAGUCCCUGUUACUGCUGGCCCAUCUAAUCAGGAAUGGAUCAGAGAGGGUUGUUACCAGUGCCAGAGAACAUCUGUAUGACCUCAGAUCAUUAGAAAGCUACCACUUUGUAGAUGAGAAUGGGAAGGACCAAGGUGUGAAUGUGCGUCACAAGGUGAAGGAGCUGGUAGACUUUGUCCAGGAUGACGACAGGCUUAGGGAAGAAAGGAAAAAGUCCAAGAAGAUGAAAGAUAAAUACAUUGGAGUAUCCUCAGACAGUAUGGGAUACAGGGGUUACUCGGGAGACAGGUACGACUCCAGCGACAGCCGGGGAAAGUGGGACGACGACUGGGAGAGAAAUAAAGGACAAUUCCCCUUCAGCGAGAAACUGGGAGAGAUCAGCGACAAAAUCGGCAGCACCAUUGACGAUACUAUAAACAGAUUCAGGAAGAAGGACAGAGACGACUCACCAGAUCGAUUCAGUGACAAUGAAGAGGACCGGGGUCGCUCGUCUCACAAUGGCCAGUCAGGGAAAGAAUUCAAAGAUGAAGAGGAGACUGUAACCACCAAGAGUGUACACAUAGUCCAAGCAACAGAGACCACAGCAACACGGAAGAGAGGAGGGGUCCCGUCUAAGAAAGUAGACUUGGGGGCUGCAGCCAACUACACAGGAGAUAGUAGCCCAUCCACUACCACCAAACAGCCCCAGCCAGCAGCUUCCCAGCCCAGCACUGCCCUAGCUGACCUACUAAUGGUGGACACAACACCGAGCCAGCCUGCUGCCACAGACCUGAUGAGUGGAUUUGCUGACUUUUCCUCACCUGCUGCCUCUGUCGGCCUCUCCUCUGGAUCGGCAGCAGCACCUUCCUCGAGCAGCAAUGGAGACUUCGGAGAGUGGAAUGCCUUCCCUGGAGGUCAGAUACCAGCAUCCGCUCAGACCGUUGACACCAGCGGAAGUGACCUUUUUGGAGCCAUGACAGGUCCUACCACUGCCGCUGCUCUUGCCCCCGCCCCAGUCGCAGCUUCAGGCCCAGGUCCUGCCUCAGCAGACCUGUUUGACUUGAUGGGGCCAGCUCAGUCCCUCACCUCCUCCCAGAGCCUUAACUUUAGCAUGAGCAGCACACAGAGCAUGAGCACCACAAUCCUGCCCCAGUCUGUGUCACAGCCGCUCCCGAACAUGGGGGGUCCUCUACAACCGCAGUCUGCGCAGCCCCUCCAGCCUGUGCAGCAGGGAGUGGCCUCUCAGGGUGCCGGAGCCAAAGCAGCCCUCCCCUCCACUUGGUCUGACCCCUCAGUUAACAUCAGCCUGGACUUCCUGGGCCCAGGCAUGCAGCCACCCAAGCAAAGCCAGCCCACCCUCAAUACCCUCCAACACGGCAACCCGGCACCUGCCAACAUGCUCUCCCAGGGAUUUUCUGGUAUGAGCCUUGGACCUACAACAGUCAGACCGCCUGCAAAUCCUAUGAUGCACCCUGGUGCUGGCAUGGGAAUGGGAAUGGGCAUGGGAAUGGGGAUGGCCCCCAACCCGAGCAUGAUGGGCAUGGGCAUGAACAUGGGGAUGCCACAGCCAGGUAUGACCAUGGGGAUGCCCAGUGCUAUGGGAAUGGGAAUGGCAAUGAACCCUUCAAUGGUCGCACAGCCCAAACUCGACGCAUUUGCUGACUUCGGCAACUUUGGAAAGUGAUAGAGCGGGAGAGCAAAGAUCAUCUGGUGGAGUGGUGUUGGUCUCUCUCUCUCUCUAUCUCUCCGUCCAUUGGUGAAGGAUUGUUACGAGCUGCAAACAAAGAGUACUUGAAUAAUGUCAACUAUCACAAUACCAACACCCUGCAAUCUCGUCUUCUUUUUUUGUUUUUUUAUAAAAGAAAUGCCGUGUACUGAUAUGGAUCUAAAUGAAUGUUUGUGUUGUUUGAACCAAUGGUCUGUCUGGUCUUGGGUGACAGUCUGACACACACUGAUGUCAGUGUGCCCUGUUGGUUUUGUGUGACUCAGUGAGAAGAAGGAAGAGUGUGCCACCAAGAGAAUGUCAGAGGGGAUGUGCUUUUUAUAACCUCAAUCAAGUGAAAUCACCAGAAUAGCAAAAAAAAAUCAGUAGCUGCAUUUUUUUUUUUUGUGUGUGUGGAGAUUAUUUUGCUGAAUAAGUUUGAAUAACAUGAUCAGCCAUUUUAACUUUCUAAUGUACAUUUAAGAAUGUUGUUACCUCUUUUUUUUGUCAUUGCUCUUCCUUUGACCUGUAAAUAGAAAUCUGGAGCCCUUUACAAAUAAGUUAUGAAGUUCCUAUAUGAGAGGCAGUGACAGUGUGUAUCAUACAGACCAAAUCUGAUAUGAAUCAAGACCCACAACAACAAAGCACAUUGACACCUUCUAUUUGUACAUAAGCGUCCACACGCUCCAGAUGUGACCUGUCAGUGCUAUAGUUUAAGUAAUGAACGAGUGUUUGAAGUGAAGGCUGUUAAUUAAUUUGAGGGGUUUCUUCCCUCAACAGACCAUCAUUUGUGGCCUUUCUUAUUGCUAUAUAUAUAUAAAUAUAUCUAUAUAUUUUACUUAUGAAGUAUAUUAUAAUCAGUUUGCAUCCAAAUGAGAUAAUCAGUAGGUAGAAAAAGCCUCGCACAGGGGUCGUGGGUUCUUUAUUACAGCAGAGUGCCUGAAAGACGUUUGCCUUUUCUCUUCAGUUAACCUCUUUGAAGGAACCAAUGUGACUGUGCAGUGUUGGACAGCUACCAAAACGGAGCUUCUCUACCACGUACAAACAUCUUGUGUUUGUACUAAUGCCUCAAGCCAAGCGUACUGUCUGUGAUAUCAGAUGCAAUCGUUAAAAAUCACUUCACUUCUGUGUUGUUUGUCCCACGCACACUUUUAUGGUUCCGCUCUAUUCAGGUCAGCGAUAACUUCAGGGCUCAGAAAAACACACAGGAUGAAAACAUACUGAGCUCAACUUUAACUCAACACCUUCAAGUGUUGAUGCAGACUGUUAUUGCAUCAUGCAUCCAUCUGUUAUGUGUUAAAUAUCCAGCAGUGCAUUUCAGUAAAUGCUGCCCUCUCACCUUCCAUCUUUUUUUUCGUUUUUGCACAUUAAAAACAGCAACUUUGAAAAAUAGUGUUUCUGUCAUAGCCGUCAUCAGUGAAAGUAUGUUUUGCAACUUAUCAGGAAUAUUGUAAGAGGAAGCACUUUUACCAGUUGGGAUGCAGUUUAUACACACCCAGUACUUUAUGGUGGUUGGAUGAAGACGUGUUGUAAUGAACAAUUCCAUUCAGCUGUACGCCCGCUAGAUGUACAAAACAUUGCUCUUCUGUGGUUCAAGUGCCUGUCCGUGGUUGCCUCCUGACCCUUGUAAUGAGCGAUAAAUAAAUCUCGGCUGCCUGGCAUUUUUGUCAUGUCAACAAUUAAAUAAAUAAUUCACUGACCAGAGGAGAAGGCAGUGGAUGCUGCAGCCCCCCAAGAGGAUUGAAGUUGUGCUUUCCUGCUCUCCCAAGGGCUCAAGAGGCGGAGCACACUAACACAUAGUAGCCUUGUGUCGGAGUCUGAAGCAUUAAAAUGACCAAAAUCUGUUUGCUGUUUUUUUUUUUGUUUUUUUUUCCUAAAAUAUAUCAGUAGAGGUUUUAUUCAUUUUGUUUUCUACUUCAUAUUGUUUUGAUCUUCUCUAAAAAAAAAAUGGGAUUGUUACUGAAACACUAGCAUAUGCAAAUGUACAAAAAAAAGGAAAUCCUUUGAGAAAAUUAAAUUUUGCAUUAUUCCCAUUUUGAUUUGAUUUACACAUCGAUUCUUUAUCUACAACAUUAAACAGUUGAUUGAAA